GGCACUCACUCGUCUCUCUCCUCUAGCCAGCCAUCUCGUCUUUGUGCUUCAGGCCCUUCGACGCCUGUUUUUUUGUUUUUGUUAUUUUUUUUGGUUUUUUUCUUCCCUCGCUUCCUCGGCUCUUGCCCGCCAUAGCUACAACCUCUCCCGAGGAGGCUAUGAGCGGGGUUCUCCGAGAUUGUUCACUUCUGUUAUUGCUUAAGACUCGGUCCCUGCCCCUUUCCAUCUUCCGGCGCCCAUCGUUCUGGCCUCCUCUUUCUGUUGAUAGCGUUCUCUGUUGUUCGUUGUCUCCUUUCGAACCGGCGUCUCCUAUUGUAAGCCUCUCAUUAGGGCGGUGUAACUUAAACUUCGAAUAGGACCGCGCUCAGGACGCUACUGACUCACGUGAGCAGAAGAAGCUUUCUUUUGGAGCAUGGGGAAAUGAGCACCCGAUUGGUUAUCGUGGGUACAGUGGUAUGAUAUCCCGCUUUAUUUAUCAAAGUCAUGCGUGCUCUGGAAAUGGAGCGUGCGGGACCUGUUCUUAGGGAGGUCAAAGUGAGAUGCCUUAGGCAAAGCUCCUUGAUAUCGGAGGGUUCAAAAAAGACAGGGAUUACUGUUCCACAGAUAAUUUGCAAACAAGAGCCUUUAGACGGCAAUGUGGAAAGUGGUUACGAGACUCCAACAAAGUCAAGUGGACCUGGAUCAGGAGACAGGACUUCUAAUGAUGGCGAUGUUAAGCCAGGGAAGAAGGUUUGGUCACCAGUAUAUCUGGGAGGAUUGGAGGGUCGGUUUCGGGAAUACUGCGAGGUUGGCCUCUGCUUGGACCUCCAGACGUCGAAGGAAGCUAUGCAUUUAUUCAAAGAGAGCAAGUCUUUGCUCAUCGCGAAUGCUGAUAGCUUAGGGACUGGCACGGUAGAGGAGACGGAGCGUUUGUGGGGUGCCUGCGUGCUGUAUGUUGUUAAAGCUUUCAGAUGUGGAGCCGCUGUUGGCGGGGAUAAAUCAGAAAGUAAUGCAGUGGGGUUUACGCUGUCUCAGCUGAUGCGCCUGACUAAAAUCAGUGUGGUGGAGUUUUUUAAGGAGCUUCCACAUUUUCUCAUGAAAGUUGGACCGAUUGUGAAGCAAAUGUACGGAGACGAGUGGGAGAAGCGGCUGCAGGUCAAGGAAGUUCAAGCUAAUUUUGUGCAUUUGACAGCUCUUUUCACAUAUUAUAAGCGAGUUUACCAAGAUUUUUUCUUAUCACCAGACACUUUUUCGAACAUUGUCAGCCGUUCUUUAUCAGGAGUUACAGAUGAUCAUCAUGUAUCUAUCCACAUGCAAUUUGGGUGGAUGCUUUUCUUGGCAUUGCGGAUGCAUGUUAUUCAGCAAUUCAGUGACCUGGUCACUUGCACCAAUGCCUUGUUGGCAGUCAUGGUCAUUUUGAUCCUUCACAUGCCUCCUGACUUACGGAAGUUUUCACUUCAAGACCCAGUAAGAUUCGCCAAAAGAUCCUCCGAAGGAAUUCAUCUUGUAGCAUCCUUGUGCGCCACAUACUAUGCAGCAGAUGAAGACGUCUUAAACCUUCUGGAGAAAGCCAAUGCCACAAUAAGCAAAUUAUUUGGAAAGUCUAUGAAAGAUCUCCACGGGCUUCAAACUUCGGAGCAUUUUUUGGGAAUCAAUCUAGGUGGACUAUCAUACUUGGAGGGGUUCAUGGACAACAAGUCUCUUGCAUCUAACUUGCGCGUCUUAGAGAAGGAUUACGAAGAUGCAUACCAAAGUCGAGGUGGGCUUGAUGAACGAAUGUUCAUUAAUGGAGAAUAUGGUUUGUUGGGAACGUUGUCAAAUGAAUCGCCACGCUACACUGGCUCUAAGCGUAAGUUCGACAUCAUGGCGUCGCCUGUGCGGUUUGGGGCUUUCUCAAUGGGAGCAGCACCAUCAUCACCAGCUGCCUCGCCCUGGCCAUCUCCAGUGAAACAUAUGAGUACUCAAGGCUCUAGUGGUGGCAAGAGACCCCCAUCCACUCCUGUUACUGUCACAAUGACAACUGCAAAGUGGCUGCGAACUGUGAUAACUCCAUUGGCUUCAGAGCCAUCUGAAGAGCUGCAGUUGUUUUUUCGUUCAUGUGAUCGCGACAUCUCUGCCGAUGUAAAGAACAGAGCGCAUGUUUUGUUAGAACUGAUAUUUUCGGUGGAGAGGAGAGGAAGCUGGCAGAAUGUAGCUGGGUUUAUGGACACUAUUUGGGCUGAGCAGCGUAAACUGGAGGCUGUCAAGUUAUACUACAAAGUUCUGGGAGCUAUGUGUCGCUCUGAAGAACAAAGGCUGCAUACGAAGAACCUGAGUUCUCUCCUUUCAAAUGAACGUUUUCAUCGAUGCAUGAUUGCCUGCUCUGCGGAGCUUGUUCUUGCUACCCACAAAACAGUUACGAUGGGUUUUCCUGCAGUUUUGGAUCCCGCUGGUAUAACCGCGUUUGAUCUAAGUAAAGUGAUUGAAUACUUUGUCAGGCAUGAGGAUACUUUACCUCGCGAGCUUAAAAGGCAUCUCAAUACAAUAGAGGAAAGGAUUCUUGAGAGCAUGGCGUGGGGGAAAGGAUCAUCUAUGUACAAUUCUCUUAUAGUUGCUAGACCCUCUCUGGCAAAUGAGAUCAAUCGGUUGUGUUUGCUGGCGGAUCCAAUGCCAGCAUUAGAGAACGUAGGUUCGCAAAUAAGGCUAUCUACUGAUACUGUGCAUCGCGCUCUCGUAAUCACAAAACCGGAUCAUGCAGGCUAUGUGGAAUGUCCUGCACUCGCACCUUCAAGUGCAUCAUCACCACCUCAAAGUGGGUCUUCAACAUCAGAAACAGGUUUCCUGUCACCUGCCAAAGACCGUCCCUCAGCAUUUUCUGCCUUCAGUUCUCCCAUGAGGAGUCGUCUUCGAGCCCCGUUGCAAUCAGCGUUUGCUAGCCCACAGAGACCAAGCCCAUUAGGUGGAGGAGAGACUUGUGCGGACACAGUCAUCAAUGUGUUCUUCCAAAAGGCUCUUGUGUUGGCAGGAGUGAGGAUACGGACUGUGUGCGAACGUAUUGGGCAACCACAACACCUGAUUGAGCGAGUAUACAAGGUGUUCCAACACACACUGCAUCAUGAAACAAGUCUUUUCUUCAACCGUCAUAUAGAUCAACUGGUUUUGUGCACAAUCUACGGCGUCUGCAAGGUUAGCAAAGUUGAGGUCAAGUUCCGUGACAUCAUUCAUCAUUAUCGAUCACAGCCACAAAACAAGCUGCAUGUCGUCCGCAAUGUCUUCAUAGAUCAGCCUCCAUUGCGUCGUGCUGGGAAAACAGGAGGGCUAGAAUCAGGUGAUAUCAUCAAGUUCUACAACGAUGUAUUUGUACAUGCUACCAAGAAGUUUUUAGUGCAGGUUGACACCAACUCUGGUGUGCGUUCGCCUAGAAAAAUUCAUGGUCCAGAUGGAGAGGAUGGUGAGGCUCCAGGUUCUCCUGUAGCUUCGGUCUUCUCAUCAUUCCCAGACAUCUCUCCGAAGAAGGUUUCGGCUUUGCACAACGUUUUUGUAUCCCCUCUUAGAUCGAGCAAGGUUGAAAAGUUGAUGUCUCCACGUACUAGAACCCUUUAUGCCUGUGUGGGGGAGAGUACCAGAGAUUAUCAGAGUCCUUCCAAGGAUUUGACUGCUAUCAAUAACCGACUCAACAACAAAAGGUUCAUCGCUAAUGGCGAUCUAGCUGGUUGGACUUUAAAGACAAACCCACAGUGAGUGGCUCGAUUAUUUAGUAUUCGCCUCGUCUCUGCAACUUUAUAUCAAACGCUCUCUUUCAGACAAGUAGAGAAUUGCCAAUGGGUUGCCUGCUUUAGCAAAUUGUGAAACAUUAGUCCUGAAACCACAACCUGUAGAGUAUUUGUCACUCAUAGUAGUUGUACAACAUUUUUAUAACAGGACACAGCCUAGGUAAAUGUUGUAGGAAUUAGAUGCAGAUAAUAGACAAGAUCCCCCGCCUCCCCCCUUUUUUUUUGUUCUUCCUAUUGAUUGUUUUAGCUCGCAAUCAUUGGUGUGCCCGCUGUUGCUGUAUGCUGGUCACAGAGCAGAAAAAUGCUCAAACGUAGCGAUUAGUGUGGUCUGUGGCGAGAUCUUUGCACUGUCCUCUUGUGCCAUAUUAGUUACACAAAUCAGUCUUGACGUGUACACAUGAAAGCAGGGGUCCCCUGCGUACCCUUUUAAACCUUAAUGAAAUAAUGAUCACUUCCUCAAGCUGGUGUGAUCAUGUUUUAUCCGUCACUUGGUUCAUCCAUUGUUGUGGAUGCUCUCAUGUGACAGAGUUCCUCUCU